AUGGAGGCAUUGGCUGUCACGGUUACCGUGAGGAGUAAUAAUAAGGAUCGGUUGGAGAUGGGUUUCUUUAGUACCAUUUUGGGGUUUUUCGGAUUUGGGGUUGGGGUUUCGAUUGGUCUUGUGGCUGGGUAUUUUCUAUUCAUCUACUUUCAGCCCACUAAUGUUGAGGAUCCUGAAAUCAAGCCAUUGGUGGACCAAGAGCAAGAGACUUUGCAGCGGAUGUUUCCAGAGAUUCCUCUUUGGAUAAAAAAUCCGGACUUCGAUCGGCUUGACUGGCUGAACACGUUUUUUCAGUAUAUGUGGCCGUAUCUCGAUAAGGCAAUUUGCAAGACUACCAAGAACAUUGCAAAACCCAUAAUUGCUGAGCAGAUUCCUAAAUACAAAAUUGAUUCAGUUGAAUUUGAAACUCUCACGCUGGGUUCACUGCCGCCAACUUUUCAAGGAAUGAAAGUUUAUGUGACUGAUGAGAAGGAGUUAAUUAUGGAGCCUUCUAUAAAAUGGGCGGCAAAUCCUAAUGUCACUGUUUCUGUUAAAGCAUUUGGGUUGAAAGCAACUGUACAGGUUGUGGAUUUGCAAGUUUUCCUAUUGCCUCGUAUUACCUUGAAGCCUUUGGUUCCUAGCUUUCCUUGCUUUGCCAACAUAUAUGUCUCUCUCAUGGAAAAGCCACAUGUUGACUUUGGGCUAAAGCUCAUAGGGGCUGAUCUUAUGUCUAUUCCAGGCGUCUAUAGGAUUGUUCAGGAGAUAAUCAAAGAUCAGGUUGCAAACAUGUAUUUAUGGCCCAAAACCUUGGAAGUUCCAGUUUUAGAUAUGUCAAAAGCCUUGAAGAGGCCCGUUGGAAUUUUACAUGUAAAGGUUCUGCAUGCAAUGAAACUAAGGAAGAAAGAUCUUCUUGGUGCAUCUGACCCUUAUGUUAAGCUAAAGCUUACUGAGGAUAAAUUGCCAUCGAAAAAGACUACUGUUAAGCAUAAGAACUUAAAUCCUGAGUGGAAUGAAGAAUUCAAUUUGAUAGUUAAAGAUCCAGACUCGCAGGUUUUAGAGAUUAAUGUUUAUGACUGGGAGCAGGUUGGAAAACAUGACAAGAUGGGUAUGAAUAUGAUCCCUUUAAAAGAAGUUCCCCCUGAAGAGCCUAAACGUUUUACCCUUGACCUCCUAAAAAACAUGGAUCCCAAUGAUGUCCAAAAUGAGAAGUCUCGUGGGCAGAUUGUUGUAGAAUUGACAUAUAAACCCUUCAAGGAGGAGGAUUUGGCCAAGGGGUUUGAAGAAACACAGCAAGUACCGAAGGCUCCUGAAGGUACUCCAGAUGGUGGAGGUCUGCUUGUCGUUAUAGUCCAUGAAGCUCAAGAUGUCGAAGGGAAGUAUCACACUAAUCCACAUGUACGACUUAUUUUCAGAGGAGAGGAGAAAAAAACUAAGGUAGAGAAUCGCAAGAAACCCUACUUCGGACGGGUGGGGCGCAUUAAGAAGAAUAGAGAUCCAAGAUGGGAAGAUGAGUUCCAUUUUAUGGUGGAGGAACCUCCCACCAAUGAUAGAUUACACGUGGAGGUUCUCAGCACUUCAGCACGAAACCUGCUCCACCAAAAGGAAUCAUUGGGUUAUAUCGACAUCAAUCUUGGGGAUGUUGUUGCAAACAAAAGAAUUAAUGAGAGGUACCAUCUUAUAGACUCCAAGAAUGGUCGGCUCCAGAUCGAGUUGCAGUGGAGAACCUCGCAAGGAUGA